UCUGACGUCAGAGCGAGCACAUGUUGCGCAUGCGUACUUGGUAAGCGGAAGUGGUAUUGCCCCUGCCGGAAGUGGCCUCGUCCUUUCUGCUGCCCGGCUGCCAUCAUGGUGUUCAAGCGCUUUGUUGAGAUUGGCCGCGUGGUCUACAUCUCUUUUGGACCUUAUUCCGGCAAGCUGGUGGCCAUUGUUGACGUUAUUGACCAAAAUAGGGCUCUUGUGGACGGUCCCUGCACUGGUGUGAAGAGGCAAGCUUUGCCCUUUAAGGUCAUGCAGCUCACAGACUAUGUCAUCAAAGUUCCUCACAGUGCCCGCCAGAAGUUUGUGAGGAGAGCCUGGGAGAAGGCCCAAGUCAACGAGAAGUGGGAACAGAGCAAUUGGUUCAAGAAGAUCGAGGCACGAGAGAAGAGGGCCAAAAUGUCUGACUUUGACCGCUACAGGGUGAUGCACGCCAGGAGGAUUAGGAACAGGAUCAUCAAGGCUGAGGUGAAAAGGAUGCAGAACGCAGAAAAGAAGGCGGCAAAGAAGGCAGACGCAGCAAAGAAUGGAGACCCAGCAAAGAAAGUGGGCGUGAAGAAAGAGCGUCCAAAGAGAGUGCGCACAAAGAAAUUGGCCCUGAAGAAGAAGGCAGGCGCAAAGAAAGCAGAGCCAGAGAAAGUGGAGACAAAGGAGUGAAACCUUUUUCAAAAUAAACAUUCACUUUGCUUCUCCA